AUGGUAUUAAAAGGCAAAAACUUUUUGUUUGUGUCUGGUCUUUUAACGGAUGGUAUGAUGCGGCUUAAUGUGAUUAACGUUUAUGCUCCUCAAAAUAAUGGUGAGAAAAAGGCUCUUUGGGAUAAAAUUACUUUGAUUAUACAAAGGGGUCAAGGUUGGUGGAUUGUGCUUGGCGAUUUUAAUGCGGUUAGAGAUCCGAGUGAAAGAAAAAAAUCGUUUUUUGACCCAGUUAGCGCUAGAGAUUUUAAUGAUUUUGUUGACAAUACGGGUCUUCGUGAAUAUGACUUAAAGGGUUUGAGUUUUACUUACUUUGCUAAUCGGUGUGGUGUUUGUAAAUUGAGUAGAAUUGACAGGGUGUUCGUUUGUGAUAGUAUUUUCAAUAAAUGGCCCAGCGCUUGCGUCAGAGCUUUGAAACGUGAGCAUUCUGAUCACGCCCCAUUGUGUUUAACUUUGAUUGACACCAAUUUUGGUCCCAAACCUUUCCGGUGGUUUGAUUCCUGGUUGGAUAGACCAGGGUGUGAAGAUGUUGUUAAGAAUGCGUUAUUAGAGUGGCAGACUAAUGGUUCGGCAGAUUUGAAAUUUACGAAAAAGAUGGGUAUGCUUCGGGCUAAAUUAAAAAUGUGGAUUCAAGAUACUAGGUUUAAAGAAAAUGAAGAUUUUAAUCGGUUGAAAAAAGAACAGGAAGACAUGGAGUUGCUUAUGGAACAAAAAGAUUUGGAUGAAGUGGAUCUAUGGGUUUGGGCGGAGUGUAAGAAGAGUUUGGAAGAAAUUGAGUUGUUUAGAAGCCGAGAGAUGAUACAAAAAUCUCGGGUUAAAUGGGCUGCUCUCGGGGAUGAGAAUACUAGCCUUUUUCAUAGUAUAGUUAAUGGCCGUAAAGCGAGAAAUUCUAUUCCGGGUUUGGACAUUAACGGUGAAUGGGUUUCCAAACCGCUUUAA